AUGGAAGAAGAGGAUGAUCCAACGACACCCUUUUGGUUACAAACCAACAACACUCUACAUCAUCACCGCCAUCGCCGUUCAUCGUCUCUCCUCCUCAAUCCUGCUCUGUUGAUUGUGAUGCUCCCCAUUGUUGCACUCCUCUUAUUUUUUGUAAUUCCUUCGCUCAUUUCCUUUCCUUCUCAGAGUUUCAGACCCAAUUCGGUGAAGAGGAAUUGGGAUUCAGUCAAUCUCUUGCUUGUUCUUUUCGCUAUUGCUUGUGGGUUUCUCAAUAGGAGAAACGAUGAUAGCUCCUCUUCCUCUUCCUCCAGCACGGGUGAAGCUAAUGGCGUCGCUGCUCACACCUCAGAAGCAUUCUCAAAGAACCCUCUUCAAUCAACAACUCCGAGACGUCAAUGGUUCGAAUAUUCCUCGGAUCCGAGGAUCUACGGCUCUGUUGGGACUACUACUUCCGAUUCGAACGAUUCGAUUUCACCGAACGCGGUUCGUUUGAGGAGAAACUACAGCUCCUACCCGGAUCUCAGGCAAGAGUUCUCAUGGGAUUCCGGCGACAAAGACAGAUGGCGCUUCUUUGACGACAAUGUCAUCGAUUUGAAUACUUAUCGGGCGGCGUCGGAAAAUGUUCGCCGUCGCUUGGGACGCUACACCGAGACUGAGCAUUCGGAGAUCAGGAGUAUACCAGUGGAUACUUUUGUGGUUCGUCCUACGGAGACUUCAACCCCUGCAUCGCCAACACCUCCAUCUCCAUCUCUCACUCCACCACAGCCACCAGCGGCACCGCCACCGCCACCACCACAGCCUCCGCCGCCGCCCUCUCCACCACCGGCAAUUAAGCAUAAAAGGAGCCAAACGUUCCAUACCGUCGAACGUAAGGAAAAGACAGAAAAUCCGAAAGAAGUAGCGUCGGAGAUCAAUAGAAGCCGACCCUUGCCGCCUCCAUCGCCACCUCCGCCGCCCCCACCUCCGCCGCCAAGACUAACGUCGCAUCAUCGGUCGGAGCAGAAGAGCGGGAGAAGUGAUAAGAGAGGGAGUGGAGCGAAGGAUAUAGCCAACACUCUGGCUUCACUGUAUCAAUACAGGAAGAAAAAGAAGAAGCAGAAGUGCAAGGAUGAUGAGGAUAGCACAACCCAUCCGUCUCCUUCCUCUUUUUUGCAUUCAGGAGGUUCGUAUAUAGGACCUCCCCCGCCAUCACCGCCGCCGCCACCGCCGCCGCCACCACCACCACCUCCUGCUUCGGUAUUUUACAAUCUAUUCUCUUACAAGAAAACUAGCAAGAGCAAGAGAAUCCACUCACUUUCACUUUCACAGUUAAAUCCAUCACCACCUCCACCGCCUCCGCCUCCUCCACAACCUGCCUCGUCUUCACGCUCAAUUAAACGGAAAUCCAAGGCACCAUCAGCACCACCAGAAGAACCCUCAUCAGAUCCUCCCCGACAGAGAAAGACAUGCUCUGCGGCCAGCGGCAAGCGACCUCCAUUGCCGACGAAGACGAGUAGUAUGUUGUACGAGGGAGAAGAGAACUUGAACAGUGGAGGACAGUCUCCAUUGAUUCCAAUGCCACCACCUCCGCCAUUUCGAAUGCCGGAUUUGAAAUUCGUAGUUCGUGGGGAUUUCGUUAGGAUUCGAAGGAACCUCAGCUCACGCAGCAGCUCUCCAGUUGAUUCACCAACAAAGGAACCUGAAUCUGUGUCUGGGUGUGUGUCAUCUACUUCUACAUCAGCGACAACCACCACCACCACCACCAUGAUAGCUGCUGCGGCGGAGAUAAUGGACGGUGGAGAUGGGAGUGGAGCAGUGUUCUGUCUUAGUCCAGACGUUGACACUAAGGCUGACAGCUUCAUUGCCAGAUUCCGGGACGGGCUACGGCUUGAGAAGAUUAAUUCCAUCAAAGAGAAACAAGCAGCCCAGGGCCCAGGGUCCUCCAGGGCCUCCAGGCCCAAGUCAUAUGGGAAAAAUUAA